AAGUUUUUCUUCUCGCCUGCUGGGGGCAGCAGUGUGCUCACUUACCAAAGAAGAAGAAAAUGGUCGCAUCAUGGCGGUUGAUUUGACUCCUCGGUUUCGAAGGUUGAACAGCCAAACAAGAACUUUCAGAGAAAAUACGCCUCAUGCAGAUUUCUCGAGGCCCUUCGGCGCCACUCAGCUGUGGCAAAACAUCAUCCAUGCCCUGCGGACUCAGGUGGAGGUGCGUCGCUGCAGGAGACACCUCCGUGUUCACGCCGACUGCUUCGCUGGCUCGGACGCCGUGGACGCGGUUCUCAGCUACCUGAUGCAGAACGUGGUGUUCUGCACCAGCGAGGUGUCUCGCCUCAAGGCCGCUCGGCUCUGCCAGGCUCUGAUGGAGGCCAAGGUGUUUGAGCCGGUGGGGACCAAGCUGUUUUGCACGGACAAAGAGACGACCUUCGAGGACAGCAGCGGCAGCCUUUACCGGUUUCUGGAGCAGAGGACGAGAAGCGGUCCUGCCACGAAGGAGGGCGGCAGUGAUGUAGAGAACAUGCUGCUGGAUGAACACGAGAAAAAGAGGAAAAAGACCUCAAGGCUUCAUGAGAUGAGGACCAUAUCGAACCCUCUUGCCGUCGAACCGUCAGACAGGAAAGUUGAACGGCUCUUCAGGACCAUCAACCUGCGGGCGUCGUUUUCUCCGGCUCUGAACGCAGCAUCGGCAGCUUCUUGCUUCCUGUCUAAAGCUGUGGUGGAUGAGGUUUGGAAGCAGCAGACGCUGCUGCAGCUGCUGCACAUCGUGGAGCUGCCGGUGCUGGACUCCAUCCUCACCUCUCCUCAAAGGGUUCGGCUCCGAUCCUGCACGACUCCGCUGGCCAGUUACGACCUGGUUAUCUCUAACACCUGCCUGGAAAGAGACCUCCCUGACACGCUCAGCCUGCUCCAGCUGGACUCCUGGCUCUCAGCAGCAGCAGACUGCCUAGAACUGUUUCCAGACCAGCUGAUUAUGGUCACAGGGGAACAACUCAGCCACCAUAACGGGAACAAUGCAGAGCAGACAGCCAGUCAGAAGAGACUGCUCUUCGACACGAUUGCCAAGUACUACAACGGACAGGAAAAAGCGGCGCUGAUAUCAGGACGCUACCUGGACGUCCAUGUUGCUAUUCUGAAUCUGCUGGACGACGGGAAGACGCGGGACGCCAUCAGAGCGUCUCAGCUGUGUCUGCGGCUGCUGGAGACGAGCGUGAGGGACGAACUGAGGAGACUGCUGACCUUCAUGGCUACCGCAGCUCAGUCAGACGCCUGCCGGCUGCAGAAGCAGGUUGAUAAUCGGACUUUGGUCUGCCGCACUUUUCAGAGAGGGCUUGUUCAGAAUCAUGAACUCACUCGACACCAGAGCGAAACGCUGGUGCUGUUUCUCAUGGACCAUUAUGCUGAACUCUUUAAGACUCCUGCAACACUUACUGAAGCGGUGAGAAGAACGUUGAGGACUUUGCAGCAGGGGAAGGAUCCAGACUCAGUGGCUUCAGCGUUCACGUUCUGCCAGCGGGUAACCCUUCAGGAGUACGAAGACCAGCGUGACGCCACGACUCUGGAAAGCCUCAGACAACUCCUCCGAGACAUUUCAUCCAACGCUAACAUGGCUGCCAAGCAGAAAAGGAAGCUGCUCAAAGAGUUUGAAAAACAUCACCCUGUUGUCUUCCUCCAGCAUUUUUCAAGCUCUUUCUAAAACAAGCACUGCUGUGUGAGGUUCAGUAGCAAUAACUGGAAUGCAACCACUGAAUGUCUAGCAGAAAGAAAAUGAAACAUUUUUCAGCUAAACAUUGCAGCUUAUUCAAAUAUUGUUAAAGAAAAUUAUUUUAACAUGGUCAUUUUAAAUGUAUCAGGUUAUUAUAGUUGAGAUUUGUUGCUGAUUGAGUAUAUCUGAAAUUAGAUGCUGGAUUUGGACAAAAAAAAUCCUAAUUUUGUUUUGAUUCGCGGUUCUUACUCUGCACUUCUGUUCUGCCCUUCUUCAUAAAGCAUUUAUAUUUCAAUCUUUUCAGUUGUUUAAAAAAAACACUGCUGUAGCUUAUCUUGUUUUGAUGAAAGGACUGAAGACUAAUGUCACUGAAGUUUAUGGUAUGAAUCAUGUUUUACAUUAUAUUUAAAUGAACUGAAAUGAAAAGGUAGAUUACUGUUAGCAUUGAUGUAGCUCAGGGUAACAUUUCAGGUUUUAAUUGUAGGCGUUUUGAGGAUACAAAGUGCUACUUACUCAAAAAAAUUUUUAUUUAAACUUUUAAACACUUGAUUUAAUACAAAGGAUAUUGUGUGUUAUGACUUUGCAUAAUUGUUGAAUACUAAUUUAACUUUGAAAUGUGAGAAGUUGGUAAUAAUUUUUUUAAACCAUGUUGAUAGAACCAUUAUUUACUCUCGUUUUUUUAGUUUUGCCAUUUGCCAACACUAAAAUCAGGACAGGAUGCACUUUAUGAUGUUGAAACAUGUACCAGAACAUGCAAUAAAAGCUGUUUUCUCAAAU